GAGUUCAGAACCAAGAGAUCAUUUCCAAAAGAAAAAAUUCAAAUAUAGCCUCAAAAUCCAUCACUUGGUGAAUAUCCAAGAAAGGUUUGAUAUCAAGAAUGACUCGCUAUUUUUGGUUGAUGCUAUCCUCAAAGACCCUCGUACAAAUUCAACAUAUCGUGAUUCUCGAUACCUUUACAUGGACAAGAAUCGCUCGUCAUUGUGCCUUCCACGAAGUUAUAUCGUUAACUGGGAUGUAACCGUUAACGUCAUCGUCGUUGCUAAGCGCCAGACAAGAUGGUUACGUCAUUUUCUUGCUAAUAUGGAGAAGAUAUAUGUACAGACGAAAGAUAAGCAUAUCAAUGUAAUCAUCGCUAAAUAUGGAAAUGAUGACGAGGAGUUAAUGGAGGAAUUCCAAAGGUAAGAUUUUGGAAUAUCAAAUUUUGAAUCAAAUUUUCUUUAGAAAGCAGAGAGAACCUACUUGAAUUUGUAUUGUUCCCUAGUUCUAGAGAGUUUAAAUAUUCGUUCGUCUUCAAAUAUAUGUUAAUGAAGAACAUUCGCGUGUUCAUUGUUAUUUUCAUUGACACGACUUUACUAGAAAGCUAGAAUGAAUUAGAUGACACAAUUCCUUCAAGAAUGUUUAGCACCUUUAAAAAACAAAGAUAAAAAAAAAUGCAUUGCCUUUUCAACAUCAUAUGGAUGUUAUGAUUAACUGCAUUCAAAUGGCGUAAACUAGAAAUGGGAACCAAACAGAUAUCCGCGGAGAUAUGCCAUCAUGGGGGAAUAAAAACAUUUCCAUUCCACCAUCAUCAUACAUUUCCACCUGAAAAUGUUUAUCUUAUGCCAGCCAGCCAGGAAACCCAUUCACUCCCCUUCAUUGACACCCAACUCGUAAACACAUUUCUUUCAGUAAUCGUUUACCAAGUAUUCGCACUGUGCGCCAUCGUGGUGUGUUUGAUAAAAGAAGAGCAAUACGAUCUGCAGUGAAGAAGAUCAAAGAGCAAGAUAGCAUUAUUUUUCUUAUGGAUCUUCAUAUUCUUGCACCAGAUACAAUAAUACAACUUGUAAGAAAGGUAAGAUUUCAUUACUUUGAAAAAAAUGGGAAGGUUUGGACAUAAGCCAAUGGGUGGCAAAAAAUAGCUAAGAUAGAAGAGGAAAAACCCAGAGGAAAAAGAUGAAGAGGACAACGAAGAAGAGGACAACUCGAUCUAACUUCGCGAUUGCAACUCAGAUGUUUAGUAUACUGUAUCAUGGUUUUGUUACUUCAUCUAAUCUAAGUUUUCAUACUUCAUUUUUCACCACUACUAAAUGAUAUUUGCCUACUAUUUAGCACACGAUACAAGGCCAAACGGUUUUUAACCCAGUUCUGUUCCGCCUAUCACAUUGUGGAAGUCCUGCGUCGUCGACAAAACCUCCUAGAGGAUUCUGGGAAACAUUUGGUUAUGGAAUAUUAGGUAAAAUUGAUUAAUGCCUAAUAAAUGGAAUAGAGUUUGGAACUUCGAUGGAAGUACAAGAUAAUUCAAUAUCUAUAUGUUAGUGUAGAUUUAUGCAAGAAUUUGAUUCUUCCCGUGUGCGUAUAUUGGAUUUAUGCCACCUCAACCGAUAGUAACGUUCUUUAGAUGAGAAAAUAAAAAAAUAUAUUGCCAUUCCCUUUAACCAAGUUGUUCCUCAACAACACACUGUGACAACACCAAUAUAUUUUGAAAUUCUGUUUUAUUUUUUACUUCUCGUAGGAAUUUACAAAUCUGAUUGGGAUAAACUAGGUAAAAUGAAGACGAAGAAGUACAAAAAAGGUUGGGGUGGGGAAGACUGGGAACUAUUGGACAGAAUUCUUACCGCUGGCCUUGAUGUACAGCGGCUUCGUAUCCCAAAUUUCUACCAUUUUCAUCAUUCCAAGAAAGGAAUGUGGAAUUAA